GAGGGAACGCAGGAGAGGAUUCAGUCUACAGAACAAUUAGAUUGGCUCCUAGCUGAUCGCUAGACGUCGCAGAGUUUUCGGCUAAAAUCCCUACCACGAUGACUGCAAUCCUUUAAGUCGUUUAAAUGUACCAGAGCUGAAUAAUGAUACAUACUUUGUAUCGCAUAGAACAGUAAUUAACGUGAAAUAAUUGAAACAAUACCGAUUGUACGAUUAUUUAAAAUUAAUAAGAAUGGGCGGCAUCGUCGGGCUGUUGCUAUACAUUGCAUUGUGUGCAAGUGUCGGUGGUGUACAAGGGGCGUGCAGACAGUUGGAGAACAACGACAUGAUAGAAUAUCUCUGCACAGGUGGCCAGUUGUCCGAUUUGAACGAUCUUCCCUCAGAAACUGGGAAAAUUCGAAUCUUUAACAUGCCAAUUGGACGGAUAACUGCGGACACCUUCUCGAGGUUCGGCUCGGAUCUUUGGGUCCUGGGAUGCUCCCAUUGCGGUAUAACGGACAUUGAUCCCAACGCUUUCCAGCAUCUGAAUAACCUUCAACAAUUGAGUUUCGACAACAACUAUUUGACUACCAUAAAGAAAUCCUGGUUCAAAAGUUUGGAUUACUUGACGUACCUGGAUGUAAAUUACAAUAACAUAGAGUCUAUCGAGGCUGGCGUGUUCGAAAACUUACCCAGCCUUGUUGAGUUAAGGCUCUCUGGUAAUCGUUUAGAGUGCCUAAAUCUUGCAUCCAUGUCGAACCUAAAGGAAUUAAGAAGAAUAUUUUUGACUGAAAAUCCCGAGUUUAAGUGUCCAAACGCUGUCAGCGCGUUCCUCGAAAGUCGCGGAGUAAGCUUUGAAAAGGACCCAGACUGGAAUAGAUUCCCAACUGAUUUAAUUACAGCGGAAGUACCGUAUGAUAUCUACUACGAAGAAAGUAUGGAAGAACCGUCCACAUCGUUACCUGUCUUCCGCGAGAGAUUGCACCUAACUACAACAGCAUCUCCAACCGUGGCAUCGACAGUAUCGUACGUUCCGCCGAAGUUCCACACAACUGAAGAAGUAGUUUAUCGUCCGUAUAACACUCCAGAUUGGAGGACAAUUUCAGGAACAACCACCGUCCCUCAUGAUAACGGACCAGAAACCACAACUCUAUCGUACGACGAAGAUCAGAAUAUAAGAGCACCGUAUACGCCUCCAAGAACCAUCGCACCAAUCGAAGACGAAAAGUACUCACAGCGUGAAACGGUACAGUACGGCAGCCAAGACACAACGACCUUGAGUUCUUGGCCAAGAACCUCGGAAUCUGCCAGUGCCAGUAACGAAUACCCGGUUUAUCCACCCCAUAGAAACGAGGAUAAACAUUACACGGAACAACCGGAUAAUUCGAGGCUGCCUAACUCGCACUUGCUGGCACCAGGCCAAGACGAUCGUCACCAGACUAUGCCACCGUAUGUGGAUUUUGACGCAGAGCGCAUAGAUCCCUAUUAUGGGGCCGAUUGGUCAGAAAGGAACACCGUACGUGGACCAUCGAACGUGGAGUAUCCACCUGUAUCUAUACCCAGCGUUGUGGAGUAUCCACCUGUAUCUGUACCCAGCGUCGAAAGUAGAGCGCCAGAAUACUCAGUUCCAUCGGUGGACUCGUCAGACACCACCAAUUCGAUUCAAUCUAUCCCCCGUGUGCCGACCGCGAUGAUUCAACCGGCUCAUCCCGAUAAUGUCUAUCAGCCACCGUAUUACGAGCCCACGAUCACUGUUCAUUCACCGCCAUUGAUAACCAAUCAGCCACAGCAGGAGAAUACAACUCCAGGAAUCGGGCCGAUUGAGACGACCACCGAUAAACCAUUGCCCAAUUGUCCAACUAGGAAUUUAUCGUCGUCGAAUCGCGGCUCCGUCGCGGUGAUCAUCGUUUCCCUUGUUCUUGCUUGUCGCGUCCUUGUGGAGGGAUUUUAGCUAAACGUCUCGCCAAACUACUUAACAUUCGUCCGCAUAUUCUGAUCGAAUCUCCGACAAUGGAUCAAGUUUUCGUUGACGACACAUAUGUUCGCGCGAACAUACGCGGGUACGUUUGCUCCCGUGAGCAUCAUGCUGGUAGAACUGAAUGGAAGGACGUUCGCCAGAUCGCAGACUUUGGAUCGAGUGACUUUAGACGUGCUGUUGGUUUCGUUCGGUUUAAUAUGAUCAGUCUGAGAGACUUUGUUUUUCGUGAUUCGCUGUCAGAGGAACCAACUGAGUUGAUUGAUUCUUCAGAAGCACCGCGGAGCCUGCAGAACCCAAGGCCGCCGGAUUAUGGAGUAGGUCACUGGGAAUAUGGAACAUCAUCGACGAGCGUGAACCAUGAACAGCCAGCGUCUGCUUCUAAUGAAAGAUGCACGUACCGCGCUUCAAAAGUUCCAAGAACUUCUCUGUUUAUAAAAUUCUGUCGUUUCUAGUGGGCGAAAGAAGCAGAGGAAGCUGAGCGUCUAGAGAAAAUGCAGAAGAUCGAAAACGAGGAAAACGCAGCUGCAAACAAUUUGGCGUUGGCAAUUCAGCACCGCAAUGAGGCCAGAGCGAGUCAGUCUGCCAAGUUCUUCGACUCUUUGAUCGACAAAUACGCGAACAUGGCUGGAAAAUCGAAAAGGAAGAGCUCGCCUGCGAAGACCCCGAAAACCAC